ACGCCUUCCCCGUGGAUGGGAGCUGCAGCACUGCCUUUGCAGAGGGUCCUGAGGGAGCCAGCUGGGAUGGCAGCCUCGAGGCCAGUGCUGUCGCUGCUGGCGACAGCUCUCCUGCUGCACGUGGCCACCACGCUGAAGAUUGGUGCCUUCAACAUCAGAGCCUUUGGGGACACCAAGAUGGCCAACCAGACCAUCGCAAACAUCAUCGUCUCUAUCCUGUCGGAGUACGACAUCGUUCUGGUGCAGGAGGUCCGGGAUGCCGACCUGAGUGCCGUGAAUGACCUCAUGGACCAGCUCAACAGUGCUGGGGAGCGCCCAUACGACUUUUUGGUCAGCGUCCCCCUGGGUCGGGGCACCUACAAGGAGCAGUACCUCUUCAUCUACAGGUCAGACAUGGUCUCUGUGCUGGGAAGCUACUACUAUGAUGAUGGCUGCCAACCCUGUGGGACUGACACCUUCAGCAGGGAGCCCUUUAUUGCGAAGUUCUCCUCACCCACCACACAGGUGCAAGAGUUCGUGUUGGUGCCUCUGCAUUCGGAGCCCAGCCAGGCAGGACAGGAGAUCGAUGCACUCUACGAUGUCUACACCGAUGUCAUCAACAAGUGGGGGACUAACGACAUGAUCUUCCUGGGUGAUUUCAAUGCUGACUGCUCCUACGUGACCAGCUCCCAGUGGCCAUCCAUCCGCCUGCGCUCCCUCCACGCCUGUGAGUGGCUCAUCCCCGACAGCGCCGACACCACCGUGGCCGACACCGACUGCGCCUACGACCGCAUCGUUGCCUGCGGCACCGCCCUGAGCCAAGACAUUGAACCUGGCUCCGCUGUCGUCAACGACUUCCAGAAGAAAUUCCACCUCCAGAUGAAGGAUGCUUUGGCUGUCAGCGACCAUUUCCCAGUGGAGGUGACCCUGAAACUUUGGAAGGGAGGUCUCUUCAGUAUCCCCAGCAACCCCUGGUGCCCCAGGCCCUCAGCCCCCUGCCAGAGAGACAGGGAGGUCUCCAGGGCUCCUGCCAUCAAGAGACCUGCACCCAUGGGGUGCAACAAUCUUGGAAGAAUGGGGACUGUGACACUGGAAUUGUCCCUGCUGGCUGUGGCUCUCCUGUGCCCAGCCACUGCCAUGCUGCGCAUCGGUGCCUUCAACAUCCAGUCCUUCGGUGACACCAAGAUGUCCAACAAGGAAGUGGCAGAGAUCAUCAUCAAUGUCCUGCGCCGCUACGACGUGGUGCUGGUGCAGGAGGUGCGCGACUCCGACCUCAGCGCCGUCACCGAGCUCAUGGAGCAGCUCAACAGCGCCACCACAUCCCAAUAUGACUACGAGAUCAGCGGCCCCCUGGGACGGGAGAACUACAAGGAGAUGUACCUGUUUAUCUACAGGACAGACGUUGUGUCUGUGGUGGACACCUACCAAUAUGAGGACCCCCAGGAUAUCUUCAGCAGGGAGCCAUUCAUCCUGAGGGUUUCAGCACCCAGCACCAGUAAGUGGGGGAACAAGUGGCCAUGGAUUGUGGCAUGGGGUGGCCGUGGGGCUGACAUCCCUCUUCUGGCAGAAAUGAAGGAGUUUGUGCUGGUGCCCCUGCACUCAGCCCCACACGAUGCUGUCGCUGAGAUUGAUGCACUCUACGACGUCUACCUGGCCAUCAUCAACAAGUGGGGGACUGAUAACAUGAUGUUCCUGGGGGACUUCAAUGCCGACUGCUCCUACGUGCAGCCCAGCGACUGGCCAUCCAUCCGCCUGCGCACCAGUGACAUCUUCAAGUGGCUGAUACCCGACAGCGCCGACACCACCGUGGGCAAGUCAGACUGCGCCUAUGACAGGAUUGUGGUGUGUGGCAGCAAGCUGAAGAGAAGCAUCCUGUCCAACUCAGCUGGUAUCUACAAUUUCCAGCGUGCUUUCCAGCUGGACCAGGAGGAGGCCCUGGCAGUCAGUGACCACUACCCAGUCGAGGUGAAGCUGGCAGCCUGAGCUCCUCCUGCAGCCACAGACCAGGAUCCAGCUCCAGCUCCCACCACCAAUCCCCACGAAGGUGUUCCACUCAGCCCCAUCCACAAGUCCUGUGCAUGGGCUGCCCCAGAUCCCGGUCUGGAGAAGGAGGGCAGCUGGCUGUGCCCAGACCCCCCAGCCCAUCAUGAACCAGAGCUGGGGACAGGCCACCAGCCAGGACAUUGUGACCACAGACAAGCCAUGGAACAAAGCAUCCAUCUCCUACCUCAUUGAAGAUUUAUUGACAAACCUCAUUUCACGAUUAACUGUUGGACAGGAGGGCAGACAUCUGAGGACCUUCAGGCUCGGGCCAUGGUGUGUUGAGACCCUGUCCCUGUCCAUUCCUCGGGGGGCUGGGUGGGCUCUCCCUGCCCUUGGGGAAGGCAGCAGUGGUGUCAGGCACUCUACAGGCACAAAGGGAAGGGGCAGCUGGGUGGCCGUGGGAGCAGGUGGCACUGCAGGUGACUUCGCUGUGAGACCAACAGCUACUGCAGCAUUUCAGAGGGUGACUCGACCUCCCAGGGACCAGCUGGAUCCUCAGCUCUUCCUCUUCUUCAGCAUCUCCAUGUACAUGCGAAGGGACUUCUGUAUGGACUCUUUUGAGACGAAGCUGAUGAAGUUCUUGAUGUCUUCCUCCCGGUGAGCUACCAGGCGGUCCAACACCGCCUUCCUCAUCAUGGUCUUGGUGAGCUGGCGGGCAUGGUCUGCAGAGAGGACAGCAAGGAUGAGGAACACGCCCUGUUCUCACCCCUGACCAGCUCUCAAUGCCACCAAAUGCUGGUCUAAUGGGAUAGCUCACACAGCAAAGUGCUCUUGAAAGCAGCAGGGAAAGGGGUAAGAAAAACCCAUCAGCUGGGAACUGAACUGGAUAAAUUCUCAUACAAUAAAUUGUGGUUGUACUGCUCA